AUGGACCCUCAAAACCAUACCACGAGCACCGAGGCUGAGCUUGAGUCUUUCCGCCAGAGAUGGAGAGAAGAAGUCUCGGCCCGAGCCAAGGGCAGGACGCCAGUAGCAUCUGCGGCUCCAGCGAGGACAGCAGCUCCAUCAGCGAUUAAGCCCCUCGCCUCAAAGGGCACUGCGCCGGACGCAGCGUCUCAUUCCCAUGCACGCCAGCGCAGUCUGGAAGAGGCAGAUGAAGUCACUCCCUAUGUUCAUGAGGAUCUGGGUGACAAGCAGCAUGGUCGAAGGCUGGGUGAAACCAGCGCCCAGACCGCUGCCAUUACAUCUGCAAGCAAAGAACCAAAAACUGCAUUAGACCAUUAUGAAAAGGCCGUAGAACGUGAAACACAAGGAAGCUUGGGCGAUAGCGUGAGGUUAUACAGGAAGGCUUUCAAGCUCGACGAUGGUGUGCACGAGAAGUACAAAGCAAAGCACUUCCCACCAUCCUUCUUCCAAAACAGACCCAAGCCGCAGGCUAGCACCCCAGUAACGAGUGCAGCACCGAGACCGCAGGAUCCUAACCCCUCUGAUGCGCCGGUAACAGUACCCAAUACUGCCCACCACUCCCUACAUGGUCUCUCAGCUUCACUCCAGACUCUACUCGCAGAUUUCUCUACUCUGUCUAUAAGCGGAGAGCCACCACCAACAGAUCUCUCUCCAGCACCACCAUGUCCCAUCGCCGCUGUUCCUGAGGAAAUCAUUGUCCAGAUCCUGGGACAUCUGGCUGUACAGGACCUUGCAGCAUUCGUCCGCCUUGCGCAAGUCUGUAAACGUCUAGCCUAUCUUGUCAGUACUGAGGACCAGGUGUGGAAGCGUAUCGCACUAGGACAUGAGUAUGGUUUUGCGGCUAUGCACUACUCCUAUACCUGCCAGCUUGACGGCCGACCACUAGGAGACGACGAGGAAGGUGGCUUCGUUCUCGGCAACAACUCCGACACCGAGGACACUGCUUCUCGAACCCCUCCAUCUCCGGCAUCCAUCACUCAGAUGCUUGUGCCAUCACCCUACCCCACCUUCCGUACCCUGUUCCGCCGCCGCCCACGCAUCCGCUUCAACGGCUGCUACAUUAGCACGGUGAACUACCAGCGCCCCGGUGCGGCUAGUACACUGAGCUUGACGUGGAACUCCCCCAUCCACAUCGUGACCUACUACCGCUACCUCCGCUUCCUGCGUGACGGGACAUGCAUCUCGCUCCUCACAACUUCCGAACCAGCCGAUGUAGUACCCUACCUCUACAUCGAACACAUGCACAAGAACCACGGCAAUCUUCCAUCCGCGCCGAUGAAAGAUGCGCUCUUGGGUCGCUGGCGCUUGACUGGACCCGAAAUGCCCGGGAUCGACGACGCGGAGAAGGAGGGUUCACUCGUCAUAGAAACAGCGGGCGCGACGCCAAAGUACUUCAACAAGAUGAUCUUGAACCUUAGCAAUGCAGGGCGGCAGGCUAAGAACAACAAGUUGACAUGGCAAGGAUACUGGAGCUACAACCGGCUGACAGAUGACUGGGGUGAGUUUGGGCUCAAGAACGAUAGGGCGUUUUAUUGGAGCAGAGUCAAGAGUUAUGGCAUGAGCUGGGACGAGGGGGGCAGGAAGAACGUGUAG